GUGUCCCGCCCCGAAGUAAACCAGGAACCCGGAAACAGCCAGAUCGAGAAACGAAGCAGUCCCGUCCGGUCCCUCGGCGCCGGACACACCUGACUGGGCUGGGCACCGACCUGUUGGAUUCGGCUCUGCUGUCGGACAGUUAGUGCAUCCGCCCCUGUCUGUACCUUGCGAUCCCAUGGAGUCUGACCGGGAUGGAGGCGAGUCCCCGACGCCGGGGCUGAACCGCCCUGCGCCGGGCGGGACCGAACAGGAAGCGGCGGCGAACCCGGGACCCGCUGCCGUCCCACCGGCGUCCAGGCUCAGGAAGUUCUUCGUGCUCCGGCCUGGGAUGCUCGAGCAGGCCUUAGCUGACAUCAAGGCCCAGAUAGACCCACAGACAGAUGGAUCACUACAAAGCAGCUGGUUACUGACAGAGGUGGAUCAUUGGAACAACGAGAAGGAACGCAUUGUGAUGAUCAGUGAGAGAUCACUGGUCAUCUGUAAGUACGAUUUUGUGAUGCUGAAUUUCCAGUCGUGUCGCAAGGUUCCCCUCAACUACAUAGACAAGAUCUGUUAUGGCCCGCUCACCUUUCCGGAAUACUCCAUCAGCAGGAAGGAGGGCCAUGGUCUGCGCGUUCACUGGGACAAACUACGAGAGGCUGAUUUCUUAUCCCGCUGGAAUCCCUGGAGCAAUGAGAUUCCAUACACAACCUUCACUGAACACCCAGUUAAAGGAGCCAAUGAUAUGUUCACCAAGAUCUGUGAGCUCGAGAACUUCAAGGAGAAGCUAGCAGAAGCGGUUCAACGGGCUCACGAAGUGGAUCCAGUCCCCGGCCGAGCCAACGGUGCUGUGGUACUGGACCGCCCGAUCUCCAUCGAGACAUACGUCGGGGUCGUUUCCCUCAUCAGCAACCAGAACAAGCUGGGAUACUCGCUGGCACGUGGCUCAGUGGGGUUCUAGUGCUGCCGGAUCAUGUGUGAAUAUCCCCACCCAUGCACAAAGCCCGUCAAUCUGUCAAUACACACUGUCCACACUCUGCACUGUGUGAAUGACAUUCCCCACCCACUCAGCCCAUGCACAAUACACACUGUCCACACUCUGCACUGUGUGAAUGACAUUCCCCACCCACUCAGCCCAUGC